AUGACCUCGAACUCUGUAGCGGUGUUUGAGGGGAGGGUGCACGGUCGAGGCACGGUUACCCCGCGUUUCCACUAUAGCUGGGGUAUUUUGAAGACGACAGCUGCUGCUGCAGCAACCUUGUGGUUUGGGAUUAUGCUCGAGCCGCCAACUCGACCCUUCAACCCUCUCACUCAACCCUCAACCCUCGUGCUGACAACGACCGAGGAGGAGUGUGCUUUCACGAGUCCCAACCACACCACCUCUCUCCCACACGACACCAUCUUGCCUUCUCUCUCCCUCCCUCCUCCUCGCACUCUUCAUCAUUCGGUCAUCUUGCUGAGAGCCCUCCGGGCUCCCUAUCUCUUCUCAUGUCCGGGGGUAACAUCAAAGUCGUCGUCCGAGCUGGCUCGCGGAGCCAAGGGCCUCAUCCGCAUGGAAGGCCAUCGGACCAUCCUUGAGCCCCCAGAUCACCCUUCAUACUGGUCGGCUGGCUCGCGUGACGAUGACAACUAUGCGUCGCAGAAGACCCUGUACGACGACCUCGGCGUUGACCUCCUCGACCACAGUUUCGAGGGCUUCAACACGUGUAUCUUUGCUUUGCAGAUGGGCAGACCGGCAGAUGGGCCCGACAAGGGUAUCAUUCCGCUCACAACGUCGGAGCUCUUCAACCGCGUCGAGCAGCAGUCGAAGAAGCACGCCAACCUCUCGUACUCGGUCGAGGUGUCUUACAUGGAGAUUUAUAAUGAGAAGUGGGUCCUAAGCUACGGCCAACGGCUAACGCGUCUCAGAGUGCGAGAUCUGCUCAACCCGAAGAACAAGGGCAACCUCAAGGUUCGAGAACAUCCCUCUUUGGGCCCCUAUGUCGAAGACUUGAGCAAGCUGGUCGUGGAGAAUUAUAAUCAAAUGAUCACCUUAAUGGACGAGGGAAACAAGGCUCGAACAGUAGCAUCAACCAACAUGAACGAGACCUCUUCUCGUUCACAUGCCGUGUUCACCCUGAUUCUCACGCAGAAACGUUAUGACCCCGAUACCAAGAUGACGGGCGAGAAGGUGUCCAAGAUUUCGUUGGUCGACCUGGCGGGUAGCGAGAGGCAGGCGUCUACCGGCGCGACCGGGACACGACUGAAGGAGGGUGCGAACAUCAACAAGUCACUCACCACCCUGGGCAAGGUCAUUGCGGCUCUGGCACAGGCCAGCAACACGGCUGCGGCGGGUGGAAAGAAGAAGAAGGAGGAGUUUGUGCCCUACCGCGACUCGGUCCUCACAUGGCUACUCAAGGAGAGCCUGGGAGGAAACUCAAAGACGGCCAUGAUUGCGGCCAUCUCGCCGGCCGACUACGAUGAGACUCUCAGCACACUUCGAUAUGCCGAUGCUGCCAAGCGGAUCAAGACCCACGCUGUGGUCAACGAGGACCCCAACGCCAAGCUUAUCCGUGAGCUCAAGGAGGAGCUCGAGGUCCUGCGUAGCCGCGUCAGUGCUGGUGCAACCAACGGCGAGGCAACAUACGAUCCAGACAUCCCGCCUGAGAAGCAGAUUGUGACAUACAAGACAAAGCAAGGCGAUAUCCGAACUGUGACCAAGCUCGAGCUCCAAGACCAACUGGAAGCCUCAGAAAAGCUCAUGGACAGCCUCAACCUCACAUGGGAAGAGAAGCUGGCGGAGACGCAAAAGAUUCAUCUUGAGCGAGAGAAGGCGUUGGAGGAUUUGGGCAUCACCGUCGAGAAGGAUGUGAGGGGGACAGGUGUGCCGGGGAAGGGCACAACUUACGUCGCGCAGAUGGUAGGCGUGCAUGCUCCGCAGAAGUUCCCGUCACUAGUCAACCUCAACGAAGACCCUCUCAUGUCCGAGUGUCUCAUCUACCAGCUCAAACCCGGCACAACGAUCGCAGGAAGUGUCGACAGCGGCAAGGCGCAAGUCAAGUUGUCGGGCUCGCACAUCGCGGAAGAGCACUGUACCUUUGUCAACACCGAUGGUGAGGUCACCCUCGAGGUGGUCGGGGACGCAUUGACAUAUGUCAAUGGCAAGCGCGUACCCCCAAGUGCGCCUAUCAAGUUACACCACGGCUACCGAGUAAUCUUGGGCGACUUCCAUGUGUUCCGAUUCAACGACCCCGCCGGGGUCCGAGCUCACAGAGCAAGGAUGUCUGGCAUGUGGUCAAACGGCGUUACGGAGCCUGGGACGCCUGUUCGCUCGGACUCGCCUGCCCAGCCGGUGGAGCUCAUGGACUGGACAGCCGCGCGUCGUGAGGUGGCGGACAUUGAGUCGCUGGGCAAUGAGGACUUGGACAAGCUCUUUGACGACAUUGUCAAAGUCCGAACACUGCGAGGGCGACCAGAUAGCCGCUUGGACCUGACCGAGAUUGAAUCCCGGUUCAUGGGCUCCGUGGCCGGCGACUCGGUCGACGUGUUUGCGAACCUGAGGGACUGGGACCACAAUGGAACAGCAAGCAUUGCUGGCCACGAUCUGGACAACGCAGACAAGGUCACGCUCGUCGACGGUGAAACUGGCUCACGAAGCGAUGCCCGCUCGAGCAUGAGGUUGUCUGACGAGUCCUCACUUGAACAGCAAGCUUUGACAAAACAGCUCCGAACCCUGGCGCAGGAGGUCAAGCGCAUCCGCUCGCAGGCGGCCGUGGCGCGUGCUCGGGGUCUCUCCAUCCCCGAGGUGGCUGCCUGGUCACCGAGGGAGAUGGUUCUGGCUCGCAAGGCCGCGGAUCAGUGGAAGAAGCUCCACAACUUUGGCAUGGCGGAGGAGAUCCUGCGUUAUGCAGCCGACAUUCGCGAGGCCAACGUCAUUGCAAAACAGAUGAAGAAACGCAUCUCCUACAACUUUGUGAUCCUGGAUGGCCUUGUGGCGUCGCCCACCUCUGCGCUGGAUGACCUUGGAGGGAUUAUCGAGUUUGAUGAUGUUUCGGACACAUGUGCGGCCACGACUGGGCCCAGGGUGAUGGUCAAAGUCAUUGACCAUGAAUCGACAUGUGAGCUCGUUCCCGGUCGAGCUCUAACCCAGCCAGCCAUCUACUCUUGGAACCUCUGCCGCUUCCAGCAGCAGCUUGCUCGUAUGAGGCAGGUCCUGGCCAUCAAGGACAGGCCAAACUACUCGGUGCACCUGAGUCUUGGUGCGCCGUUUGGCGAUAGCCCCACCCCAAGCUUCUCAUACAUCGGAAGCGCGAGAGCCCCACUCCAGCUCCUGGCCCAGCAAGUAUCCUACUCUGUCACUGUCCCCAUCUUCUGCGCCUACACCAUGGAGGCCAUUGGCUCGUGCAGAGUCCACUUCAAGUGCUCUGCCCCCUCGUCGCGCUCCGGCGUGUCAACGCCCGAGUCGUCGGGCCCCAUCGUCCAGUCCUUCCCCUUCAGCCACAAGUUCUCCUUCACCGUCACGAUUGAUACAGUCAAGGGCCUCACAUCAGCCGACUUUACUGAAGUUCAUGCGCAGACUCGGCUCUCGUCCUUGGUCGGCCCGGCCAUCGCCUCGGAGGACACGUUUGCCUCGCUCCCCGUCAACCUCGAGCAGGCUUCGGUCUCGCACCUUGCCCUGCGCCGGACGCUGUCGGUUCUCGUGACCUCGGACAUGGUCGCCCACUUCACCUCGGGCUACGCCUCGGUCGAGUUCUUUGCCCGCGUUCGCGCUCCCUACCUCGAGCGCCUCGAGCGCUUUGACGUGAUCAAGGAGACACCACCGGCGCCGCCUCCCGCGGCAGGAGACCUAACGCCCAACGGCUCUGACCCCGAGCGCCCGCUCAUGCGCCGUGCCGAGACCGAGUUUGUCACCGCAGAGACCCACGAUAUCCUCGCUUCGGUUGAGAUUCUCGAGAUGAGCCAUGAUGGCGAGUAUACGGCUACCGACGUCGAGGACGACCUCGUCCAGCUGCAUCUUGGUGUCCAGCGACAGCUCGCUGUCACAUUUACCCACGCGUCGGGCCGAGCGCUCAGAUGGUCCAAGGUUGUGCACGCCUCGGCAGGCGACAUCCGAGUGGUCACCUCAGACGGCGAGCCCUGCCGGGUGAGCGCUGCCGACGUCAAUAUGCAGAUGGCGUCGCAGGCGACAUUCCUCUCGGACGGAACGUCACGCCUCACGGCACGCGGUACCUGGGAUUCCGCGGCCCACCACUGUAUCCAGCUCGAUCGCCGUACGCCCGCGGCGGACCACGUUGUCGUUCGCCUCACGUUCAUGAUCGAGGUGGAGGGUGUUGACGAGCCCAUUGUGCUCGAGAUUGAUCUCAAGACGCGCGUGAUCAGCCGCGACGCGAGACGGUCGUCGAUUCGCCUGAUCUGGCGACCCAGACCAGUGUCCAACGUCGUGUCCAUGUUUGCAGUGGACUUGACGCCGCCGUUGGCGCGUACUGCCCGCGAGCUGUGGCGCCUUGACACUGCCAAGAAACCGGUGCCCGGGGACAACCUCCUCACAGGCUGGCGCCCGCGUAGCAUUGCGCUUGUACGCGACUAUGUUGCGCUGACCCGGGUUCGCCGCUUGAUCGCCGACGUCCAGACUUCGAGAACUGUCCUCGAGCUUGCUGGCAUUGUCGACGCUACCAAGUCGAGCGAGGCGGUGCAACAAGAGCUCCUUGCCAAGUAUCUCAGCCUGUGGCAGCACGAGAUGGACACGAGGCUUGAGUUUGACGUUGAGCGCGAGACGGAUGCGGAGAAGGAAAUGUCAAACAGGCUGCGGCGUCUUGUGCCAGACCUGGAGCCGAGGCUAGUCCCCACGGUGCGCCACGUUACUCCAAAUGAGAGCAUCAUCAAGCGGGGUACUCUAUCACUUCUCAAAGACUCGAGGAAGAACCGUUGGGAGGAGGCACAGGCUGUGCUUCGGCCGCCAUAUCUCCACCUGCACCCCGACGUCACCAAGAGGGAAACGCAAGUGAUCAACAUUGCUGAUGCUUCCGUGGUGGCGAGCCCCGAUGUGGAGAUGCUUCUGGGUCGACGACACGCAUUCACGGUCUACACGCAGACCAACUCGUACAUUGUCCAGGCCGUGUCUGCGCGUGAGCUCGAGGAGUGGAUCACGGUCAUUGGCAAGCAACAGCGUCGAGGCUGAAGAGGAGGUUGAGAGGGGGAGGGUGGCAAGGGCAUAUUUUGGUGACUGCUUGCUGUGGUAUACGAGUUUUCUGUUCAAACUCUGAAAGGGACCAGUGUGCACAUCUAUUUCGCAUAUUAGAAUCACCUCAUUUUUCGAGUCAGUACGACUACUACUACUCGAUAGACGACACG